AUGCUGCUCAAUCUUAGUUUGGGAUCAACCGCAAUGGCAUCAUCUUCGGACCCAUGGAUGAAAGAGUACACUGAAGCAUCUAAGCUUGUUGACGAUAUAAGUUCCAUGAUUGCCGAUAGAAGUUCUCUUCCACAAUCAGGCCCUGAAAUUAUGCGCCACACAUCAGCCAUUCGGAGAAAAAUAACUAUUCUUGGGACUAGACUGGAUAGCUUGGUGACAUUGUUGUCCAGGAUUCCGCCAAAGUCACUCACUGACAAGGAGAUGCAUAAGCGCCAAGAUGCACUUUCCAACUUGAAAUCUAAAGCAAAACAGAUGGGGACAAGUUUCAACGUGUCAAACUUUGCCAACAGGGAGGAUUUGCUUGGUCAGAGUAAGAAAGCAGCUGAUGAUAUGAGCAGAGUUGCUGGGUUAGACAACCAAGGGAUUGUUGGCCUCCAGAGGCAAGUUAUGAGAGAACAAGAUGAGGGUCUCGAAAGGCUGGAGGAGACAGUCCUGAGCACAAAACAUAUUGCAUUAGCAGUCAAUGAAGAACUUACUCUGCAUACAAGAUUGAUUGAUGACUUGGAAGAUCACGUCGACGUUACAAACUCCCGUCUUCAGCGUGUGCAAAAGAGGCUUGCAAUUCUGAACAAGCGCGCCAAAGGUGGCUGCUCAUGCAUGUGCCUAAUGCUCUCUGUUGCUGCCAUAGUGCUGCUCGCGGUUAUCGUUUGGCUUCUCAUCAAGUACCUGUAA